AUGAUGCGGCGAACCCUUGCUGCGCUGGAGAAGCUUGUGAUUGUUGAGUCACCCAACAAGGUGAUCAAGGUCGAGGGGCUUCUGAGCGACCCGAAUGUCGUCCCGGAUUGGUCCUUCAAACAGGAGCACCUCAGGCGCCUGGGCGUGGGAGCCGAAAAGGCGGUGGCGAUGGCGACGACCGGACACUUCAUGGCAAUGAAGGAGAUUCAGUGGACCCCACGGGCCAUAUCUUUCCCGGAGGUGCGUGGGGCGGGGGAAGAGCCAUUUCCUCCCAAUGGCACAGUUGCUGAAUACACCCUCGAGUGGCAACUUCUUCCAGGUCGACGCAUUCAGGAAACGCUCGAACGCUACAUACAGGAAAAGCUAAACAACGUCACCGAGAUUAUUCUUGCGACGGAUCCAGACCGUGAAGGGGAGCUGAUUGCUGUCCAUGCCCUCCAAACAAUAAAGCGAUUGUAUCCAAAGCUGAAGGUUCCGUAUUCACGUGCGUACAUGCAUAGCAUCACGGAAGACGGUAUUCGAAAAGCAAUGAGAGAGCGUCUUGUAGAUAAAUGUGACUAUGACCUUGCGAACGCAGCUGAAACGCGUCAUGCGAUGGAUCGGAUAUUUGGCUUUUUAGGAAGUUCAGUGGUGCGGGCCGCCAAUUCGCAGAUGCGCUCCAUUGGCCGUGUGCAGACUCCGGCGCUUAUCCUCAUACAUGAGCGGGAAGAAAAGAUAGCGGCGUUCCUGGAGAAAAAUAAAACAAAUUACAUUGUGGAUGUCAUGUGUCAGUUUCCAGGGCCCCAUGGUACUACUUUUUCGCAGGUAGUCACCAUCAACCCCGAUGUUAAAGGGGAGGCAUCCCAUUGGGCCACCGAGGCAGAGGCAAGGCGAUGUUUGCACGGGUGGAAGUUAAACAACUGUAGCGGCUUCACUGUCCCUCUUGAGCCUCUCAUUGUUCCGUCCGAGGUGCCGCCACCGCAGCCAUUUACAAUGGCCACCGCCAUCGCAAAGGCAAAUCGUCACCUAAAGAUGAGCAGUGAAACAGUGAGCGGUUGCCUGCAGGAUCUUUUUCAACUCGGCCACAUUACAUACCCCAGAACUGACAGUACCCGUAUCGACGAGAGCGCCUUGACUGACAUUUACGCCACAAUCAAGAAGGAGUUUGGCAAGGAGUUCCUCUACCGCCUUGAGGACCGAACUGUGUCUGCCCCUGAAGGCAAAAAGUCCAAAAGGACAGGGAAAAAAAACUCCACCAAACAAAGCAAAGGGGCGGAUCAACCGGUUGGAAACGUGGAAGAUGCGCAUGAGGCAAUACGCCCGACGAAUAUUUACGCCGAUGGGGAGUCCCUUUCACUUCCCCCGAUGACAAGGGCGGUUUAUGAUCUUGUGCGUCGAAACACCCUGGCGUCCUUUAUGAUUCCCAUGAAGAGUGAGAAGAUUGCCGCCACAGUAAAGUUUACCAGCGGUAGUGGAGAUAAGCUGCAGGUUGUGCUCGAGGGCAAGCGUGUUGCGGAGCCUGGAUGGACUCGCGCGUUCCAAAAGACGGAUUUCACAGCCGCUGCGGCUGGCGCCGCGUCAAGCACGAAUAACACCACCGACAGUAGCGUCAACGAUAAGAACACCACCGGCGUGGCAGAGGAGGUGACGGAGGACAUCACGGAGAAGGAGGGUGCCCCUGUCAUUCGCUCUCUCUCCCAGGAAGAAUUCAGGGCUAUUGCGAAUUUGCGAAGCGCAUUGGCGUCCUUAAAGCAAUCACGGUUUUUUGAGCUGCGUUCUCCCAGCGUCCGUGAGAACCGCCCGGUACCGCCGCUGCUGCACUCGGAGGGCACACUCAUUGAAGAGCUUAAGAACAAUGGUGUGGGCCGCCCAAGCACUUAUCCAAUGAUAGUGAAGACUCUCUUGACACGGGGAUACAUUGCUGUGAACCCAAAAGGACGCUGUGAAACAACUCCGAUUGGUCGGUUGCUGGUGUCAACGGCCAAGUCCACUUUUCCGUCCAUUGUGGACAUUGGAUUCACCGCAACGUUUGAGAAAAAGCUGGAUCUUAUUGCAAAGCCAAACCCAGCGAAGCGGCCGACCAUAUUGCGUGGGACCAACGUCUCCCAAGCAGACUAUUUUCUUUCCAUGUUUCUCUCGACGUUUCUUAAUUACGUUGCGGAGGCCACACGAGCGCAACGGGCCAGUAUUGUGGAGCGCUCCAUGCGCUUAAAGCAUGAACAGGAGGAAGGGUCCGGUAAAGACGAUGCCGAAUUUGAGGAGAGUGUGGCCAAUGCGAAGAAGAAGGUGGCCCUCGCCACCGGAGACCUGAUGGCUCUCCCUAAAACUUGUCAUAACUUUACGGCCCUGCAGCGGGGCUUACACGAUUAUCUCCGUCGCCAUUUUCCCCCCUCGCGACUCGGCUCAUUUGCCACCGCGCCCGCCAAUGCUGAUGGUAACAACAUGAUGAUGGAAGGGACCUCGCCGCACAUGAUUUCAACGAAGCAUAAGUUGGAGAAGAGCAGCGAGGUAUAA